CAAAAAUGUCAACUGUCAUCAACGUGCGGUGAAAAAAUAACCUUACUUUGAUCUCUCCGUGUGUUAUUAAUUUAUAUUUAAGAAUAAAUAAAAGUAUUACCGAUUGAUAUAGGGUCAAAAAUGUCUGACUCAGAUCACAAAAAAUUGGAAGAAAGAACCAGUAAGGCCGAAAAGGAAGCGAAGGUGAUCGAAGAUGAAUUGGAAAAGCUCGCCAGUUGUGAUCUAAGUUUUGUGAAUGAUCCUCGUUUAGAAAAGUUAAUGACCGACAAUGAAAAACUAAAGCAUCGAUUGGAGAUUCUAGAAAAUGCCAUCAAAGCUACAAGUUCUUCUAGCGGUAAAGCUGCUAAGCCAAUUACUAGAAAACGACCAACACUUGUGACUGACAUCUCGUCUGUCGAAGGAAACGUGUGUAUUGUUGAUGAACUGAAAAAUGUGUUUUCUCUUGGCAUUUUGUCUGCAUACCCCGACUUAGAAGACCCGCCAGUAGUCAUCACCUUGUCCAGCAAUAAUCCCAAAUUUGGGGACUACCAAUGUAACUCUGCGAUGCCUAUCUCUCAGUUGCUAAAAGCGAAAAAUGUCAAAACGAACCCAAGAGAGGUAGCAAAUAACAUUUUAAACAAAACUCCAUCAUCCCCACUGAUUGAGAGGGUUGAGGUGGCAGGCGCUGGAUUCUUGAACAUCUACCUCAAUAAGGCAUUUGUGGAACAUGUACUUAAUUGUGUUCUCAGGUUUGGUAUCAAACCACCCCCAGUGAAGAGAGAAAGGGUCAUUGUUGAUUUCUCCUCACCUAACAUUGCUAAGGAGAUGCAUGUAGGGCAUUUGCGAUCAACAAUCAUUGGAGAAAGCGUCUGCCGUGUACUUGAAUUCUUAAACCAUGAUGUACUGAGAAUUAACCACUUAGGAGAUUGGGGUACUCAGUUUGGAAUGCUGAUUGCCCAUUUGCAAGACAAAUUCCCAAACUUCAAGACCCAUUCUCCACCAAUUUCAGAUUUACAAGCGUUUUACAAGGAAUCUAAGAAAAGAUUUGAUGAAGAUGAAGAGUUUAAGAAGAGAGCUUAUGCUUGUGUGGUUCAGCUACAAUCGGGCCAGCCCGACUACAUUGCUGCCUGGAAGUUAAUAUGUGAAGUCUCUCGUAGAGAAUUCCAAAAGAUUUAUGACAGGCUUGAUAUUAAAAUUAUUGAUCGAGGUGAAUCUUUCUACCAGAGCAGGAUGGAUGUUGUUGUGAAGGAGCUUAAAGAUAAAGGCUUACUAGAAGAAGAUGAGGGGCGAUUGAUUAUGUGGGGAAAUGCAGAAAAGCAUGAUGGAAUUCCUUUAACUGUGGUCAAGUCUGAUGGUGGUUACACCUAUGACACUUCAGAUAUGGCAACUAUAAAGCAACGUGUUGAAGAAGAGAAAGGAGACAGGUUCAUUUAUGUCACGGAUGCUGGACAGGCCACUCAUUUUGUAGUUAUUGACGCUUGCGCCCGACGAGCUGGGAUUCUCAGGGAAGGCCAAAAUGUUGAGCAUGUUGGCUUUGGUGUUGUUUUGGGUGAAGACAAGAAAAAGUUCAAAACUAGAUCUGGAGAUACAAUUAAACUAAUUGAUUUACUUGAUGAGGGGUUGAAGAGGUCCCUUGAUAAAUUAGUUGAAAAGGGAAGAGAUAAGGUUUUGACUCCAGAGGAACUGAAGAGAGCUCAGGAAGCAGUUGCCUAUGGGUGCAUCAAAUAUGCAGAUUUGUCCCAUAACAGGGUCAAUGACUAUGUAUUCUCAUUUGAUAAAAUGUUAGAUGAUAAGGGCAACACAGCUGUGUAUUUACUGUAUGCCCUGACCCGUAUCAGAUCUAUUGCUAGGACUGCUCAGAUUUCAAUAGAACAUUUGUUGGAGGAAGCUCAAAAGACAGGCUUCAAAUUCAGCCAUGAAGCUGAAUGGAAGCUUGGAAAAGUCCUUUUGAGAUUCCCUGAAGUUAUACUUAAAGUAGCCAAUGACUUAUACUUGCAUAGUUUGUGUGAAUAUCUUUAUGAGAUAUCAUCUACAUUCACAGAGUUUUAUGACAAAUGUUACUGUGUAGAAAAAGACAAAGAGGGAAAGAUUGUUAAAAUAAUCUAUGAGAGAUUGAUGCUUUGUGAAGUCACUGCUAGAAUCAUGGAGAAAUGCUUAGAUAUACUUGGUAUUAAAACAGUUUCUAAAAUGUAAACAACAGAAGUGAAAGUAUUAACUACCUACAUAAGCAGACUAUUUGGUAUUUACCAUAUUAUACUAUUUAAGUAUAUCACAAUAUUUAUGAUCAUACUAAUAUUUAAGAAUGUGCGACACUAACUGUUUUCUAAAAGAAAUAAAAUACUUGUAAAAUUAA